AUGUUGAGAUCAUUUAAACCAGUCUCUGCAAGCCAGAGAUUUUCACAAUUUGUUAGAUACGCAUCAAACAAAAAGUACGAUGUUGUCGUUAUUGGUGGUGGACCAGGUGGUUACGUUGCUGCCAUCAAAGCCGGUCAAUUGGGAUUGAACACCGCAUGUAUUGAGAAAAGAGGAUCAUUGGGUGGUACCUGUCUUAAUGUCGGUUGUAUCCCAUCCAAAUCUCUUUUAAACAACACCCACUUGUUGCACCAAGUUCAACACGAAGCUAAAGAGAGAGGUAUCAAUAUUGCUGGAGAAGUUACUCCUAACUUUACCACAUUGAUGCAAGCCAAGGAGAAAUCAGUUAAGCAAUUGACUGGUGGUGUUGAAAUGUUGUUGAAAAAAAACAAAGUCGACUACUUGAAAGGUGCCGGUUCUUUUGUUAAUGAGAAAACCAUUAAAGUUGACCCAAUCGAAGGUGGCGAACCAUACGAGGUUGAUGCUGAAAACAUCAUUGUUGCCACUGGUUCUGAGCCAACUCCAUUCCCAGGAAUCGAGGUUGACGAAGAAAGAAUUGUUACUUCAACUGGUAUCUUGUCAUUGAAAGAGAUCCCAAAGAGAUUAGCCAUCAUUGGUGGUGGUAUCAUCGGUUUGGAAAUGGCUUCAGUCUACUCAAGAUUGGGCUCCAAGGUCACCGUGCUUGAAUUCCAAAACGCUAUUGGUGCUGGUAUGGAUGCUGAAGUUGCCAAGACCUCUCAAAAAUUGUUGACCAAGCAAGGUUUGGAAUUCAAAUUGGGCGCCAAGGUCACCAAAGGUGAACGUAAUGGAGACAUUGUUAAGAUUGAGGUUGAAGACGCCAAAUCAGGUGAAAAGAGUGAAUUGGAAGCCGAUGUUUUGUUGGUUGCCGUUGGUAGAAGACCAUACACAGAAGGCUUAAAUAUCGAAGCUGCCGGAUUGGAGAAGGACAACAAGGGCAGAUUAGUCAUUGAUGACCAAUUCAAGACCAAACACGACCACAUCAGGGUUAUUGGUGAUGUCACAUUUGGUCCAAUGUUGGCACACAAGGCUGAAGAAGAAGGUAUCGCUGCUGCCGAAUACAUCAAGAAGGGUCACGGACACGUUAACUAUGCAAACAUCCCAUCCGUUAUGUACACACACCCAGAAGUUGCUUGGGUUGGAUUGAACGAAGAGCAAUUGAAAGAAAAAGGAAUCAAAUACAAGGUUGGUAAGUUCCCAUUCAUUGCCAACUCAAGAGCCAAGACAAACUUGGACACCGAUGGUUUCGUUAAAAUCAUUGCUGAUGCUGAAACUGAACGUGUUUUGGGAGCCCACAUCAUUGGUCCAAACGCUGGUGAAAUGAUUGCUGAGGCAGGUUUGGCUUUGGAAUACGGUGCUUCAACCGAGGACAUUGCUAGAACAUGUCAUGCUCACCCAACCUUGUCAGAAGCUUUCAAGGAAGCUGCUUUGGCAACUUUUGACAAGCCAAUCAACUUUUAA